AUGUCCUUUUCUCUCGGCGACAACAAUGCAAACCCUGCGAUUCAUUAUUCGUGCCCACUCAAGGAGUGGAAGUGGCCUUAUAUCAGCUGCUCAACUGUCUACUUGAAUGAUUGCUACGUGAAUGACAAAGGCGUCCUUCGUGCCAGGGCAAGGGGAGCAUUUGGUAGAAGCUGCAAAGAUUGUUCCUAUGACGCGAAUACCGGCAAUCUCAAGUGUUCGUGUGGCGAUGGAAAUGGAGGCACAAAGGAUACCUCAGUGAACGUUGGUAUGUGGGCUUCGCUUUUUCUUUUAUUGACUUCCCAGUGCUUCAAUAUUCUCCCUUCCUGGUAA